CCAGCAGAAAGAACAGCGGCGUAGAGGGGAGGAGUUUAUCCCACAAACAGCUGGAUCAUUUUAGAGGGCUGCCUGUUGCUGAGACAAGCCACGUUUUCAACCAACUCCGAGCCAGACAGCCGCAUGUGAGGGACUAGAGUGGAAGACGGCUCACCUGGAUUACGAGAUAGAGCCUCUAUCGUCUCGUUGUAAAAAGUUUACAGGAAUCCCGGACUUAAAACAUACUUGUGGAAAACUUACGGAGUCGUACAUAGGCGUUUUCUUUGAAAUAUGGUGAUGUUUUCAACUUUUGGACUGUGGUGGUGAAUUUAAGGACACACUUUUAACGAUUGGAGGUUGAAAAGAUUCAUCGGUCCAUGGAUUAUUUGGAUUACCUGCUUCACUCCUCGUGAACUAAACUGACUUUGAAAAGAAGUUGGCGGUCUUCUCACUCCAUUGGUUACCUGCAUUCUUCUCUUGGCACGCGCAAAGGACCACGAGCUGACCAUCAUGUCUCUGUGGGUGAUCUUGCCUCUCAGCCUCCCAGUGCUCAUCAUCACUGGAAUUUGGGUCGUGUACGCCAUGGCACUUUACAAUCAGCACGUCUGCCCUGUAAGCAACUGGCUAUACAACCAGUCAUGUGAGCUGCCCCUGCACCUACAGACGGAGCCAGUGCUGUGCUGCACGCUGGACAACGUACCACUCAUCAGUAAGUGUGGGGCUCUUCCUCCAGAGAGCUGCUUGUUCAGCCUUCUCUGCAGCACCGGCUCCUUCAUGGUGAUGGUGAUUGGUCUGCUGCGGUAUGCCCAUGUGAUUGACAAGCACCAGAACGGAGUGUUGAACACGGCCGGCCUCGCCACCGGGUGGAUGUGCGCUGCCGGACUCAUCAUGGUCGGAAACUUCCAGGUGGACUAUGCGAAGGUGCUCCACUAUGUAGGUGCGGGGGUGGCGUUUCCCACCAGCAUGCUCUUCGUGUGUGUGCAGUCGGCGCUGAGCUACCGCCUGGCGCACACACACUCCGACUACCAGGUCGCUCACAUGAGGCUGGCCCUCACACUCCUGGCAUUCGCCUCGCUAGUGCUCAGUGGCGUGUUCUUCGUGCAGGAGAGUUACGCGCUGCAGCACGCGGCGGCCAUCUUUGAGUGGAUAUUCGCCAUCAUCAUCAUGAUCUUCUACGGAUCCUUCGCCUUCGAGCUAGACAGCGUAUCCAGCGACACGCUCAUGGUCCUCGUCCGCGGUGGUGGAGGUGGCAAGGGCGACUCCAUCGGACUGUCCAUCGAGAACAAAACUCCCAUGCUGCACGGCGGCGACCAGCCUCUCCACUACCAGCGGUGUGCAGGGGGACCAGAAGGAGGAGCCAUACUGUAGAACCCCCGCGACGCCAUUGUGACGUCACAAUUGAGUGCCCAUAUAUCUCAGCCAAUCAUGUCACAGAGAAGGAGGAUUUGAGGAACUGAGAGUGAAUCGUGUUGUGGAUUGGCGUCCAGCUCGUCCAAUGAAUGUCGGGCCUGUAAUGUACUUUACAGGUCUGUGCAGAGACAUUGAGGAUCUUUGGGGAUCUGGGAGGCCUGGCGUUAUCUAUGCAUAGUUGAGAUCAGAACUUUUCAGCCUUGUGCUGGAUGGAGAGUCAGUUGCCUGUGAAGACACAAGGAUCAAAACUCUAGAAUGUCAGACACUAUAAAGACCAAAACUCUAGAAUGUCAGACACUAAGGACCAAAAUUCUAGAAUGUCAGAGACUUUAUGGACCAAAAUUCUACAAUGUCAGAUACUGAUAGGCCUACAUGUUGAACUGCGGUUACUUGCAGGCAGCCAUUGUGCCUUUCUAACUAAUUUCACGUGCACGAACACACA